GGAACAGGAACAGGAACGGGAACGGGGAUCCUCAUGACGUCAGUCCGUACUGUAAGUUCCAUUUUGCUGCUAUUGUUGGUUGAGUGUGCUGCAAGGCCUUUCUACCCGCUUCCUAGCAGAAGAAAUGAUAGAAGUAAACAACCACUGCAAACUUUUCGACCUUACAACAUCGCACAUCGAGGGUCGUGUGGUGAAUUUCCUGAGGAGACUGCCUCUGCAUACAAGAGAGCUAUUGAAGAGGACGCUGACUUCAUAGAAACUGAUAUACUAGCAUCCAAAGAUGGUAUUCUUAUAUGCUUCCAUGAUUUAACACUUGAUGCUACAACUGACAUUGCUCAGCACAAGAAGUUUGAAAGUCGAAAGAGGACCUAUGAGGUCCAAGGCAAGAACAUCACUGGCUAUUUUACCAUUGAUUUCACGCUAGAAGAACUGAAGUCAUUGCGUGUCAACCAGAGAUCUCCUUUCAGGGAUCAACAAUACAAUGGCAAGUUUUCUAUUAUUAUCUUUGAAGAUUUCAUAUCAAUUGCACUGGGUGCUCCCAGGGUGGUGGGGAUAUAUCCAGAGAUAAAAAAUCCAGUAUUUAUCAACCAACAUGUGAAAUGGCCAAUUGGUAAGAAAUUUGAAGACAAGUUUGUGGAUACAUUGAAGAAGUAUGGAUACAAGGGAACUUAUUUGUCAAAACAAUGGUUGAAACAGCCUGCAUUUAUUCAGUCUUUUGCUCCAACAUCUUUGAUUUACAUCUCACACCUGACAGACCUGCCUAAGAUCCUCCUAAUUGAUGAUGCCACUACACCUACUCAAGACACCAAUCAGUCAUACUGGGAAAUCACUUCCAACAGUUACUUUGACUUCAUCAAAGAUUAUGUCGUGGGCAUUGGACCUUGGAAAGAUUCAAUAGUUCCUGCUUCAAAUAAUUAUCUGCAAACACCUACUGAUCUUGUUACAAGAUCACAUGCUUACAACCUUCAGGUGCACCCAUUCAUUUUCCAGAAUGAUAAUAUGUCCUUACAUUUUAACUUCAGUCAAGAUCCAUAUAAUGAGUACGAGUACUGGAUCAAGAAGAUUGGAGUUGACGGGCUUUUCACGGACUUUACAGGCAGCCUCCAUCACUACCAAGAAUGGACCAAUCCUUUCUCAAUGGGAGAGGAAAGUGCAUCUAAACUACUAGACAAGAUUGCAUAUAUGAUCUCCAAAUUUAGAAAUUCUUAUAACUAAAUUCCAAUUUUAUCUUUUUUUUUUCUUGGUUUUAUGGUAUGAGGACUAAGCUAGUGCUUGCAGAAUUAAAUUUCUCGAGUAUUUUGUAAUGAUUAUGUAUUUUGGUUAAGAGCUGUUACUGA